AUGUCAGUUAGAGACCAAUUCGAAGAUGAUCAGACUGUUAAUGGGGAUGAAUAUAACAAUCAACAACAUCUCAACCAGACCACCCUCCUUCUACAGAAAAUAGCUCAAAUGGCUACCAAUUAUGAAAAAUUAACAACUAUACUUGUCACUAGAGCUGAAAUCAGCUCCUGCCAACUACAAAGAAGACAGUAUCAACCAUGGCAACCAACAAAUAGAGGAAUUGAGCCAAGAAGACCCUUUACAAGCCCAGAUAGAAAUAGACCCCAAUAUUGGAAUGUUAACAUGUGUGAUAUUUACUUUCCUGAACCCGAAAAAGAUAUUUAUGCCAUUAAACAAUGUGAAUCACCUGAGGCAGAACACGGUCAGCCCAUUCCAAUGGAGGUAACUUCUGAUGAACAAACUCCAAUAGUGUCCCAACUAGCUGUACCAAGAAGGAAAAGAGGAGCUUCCAUAGUCAAUUUUGCAUCUAAACCCUUAAUCCCAGCAACUGAAGAAUCAAAUAUCAUUGACAAUAAUUACAAUAAGAAAUCUAUAGCCACUAAAUGUUAUGUCCAGAUACAAAAUAACCCAAUUUUAGUGGUUUUGGAUUCUGAGGCUGCAGUGAGUAUUAUUUCAAAGAAAUUAGCAAGAAAACUUAAUCUUGAGAUUACCGAACUCUUCAACACGGUAGUCGUAAUCAUAAAUAGCACUCGAGAAUGA